AUGGGUCAGGAUGACCUCGACUCAAGGGAGCAUCGGGAAGGGCUAGGGAGGGAGGACACCGAUGCAGGAGGACGAGCAGGAGGAAUGGUAGUGAUGCCUAGGAAGGAGGGGCCUCAGCUCCUGGGGAAGGCCUGGCUCAGCCUCAAAGCGCCCUCUCCGUCCCUGACGUAUUGCAAGGCCCUCCAGAGCCCGCCGCUGCCCAUCCCCACGACAGAGCGCCGUUUGCAGGCAGGGCGCCGCAACGAGACCUGCAACUGGCCCUUCCCUUUCCCAGGGUCCGUGAGCUCGGCCGGAGGAAACCGAUGUGUGGACGCGGCCGAAGCCUGCACGGCGAACGCGCUGUGCCAGCGGCUGCGCUCCGAGUACGUGGCGCAGUGCCUGGGCCGGGCCGCGCAGAGGAGCUGUCCCCGCGCCCGCUGCCGCCGCGCCCUGCGCCGCUUCUUCGCCCGCGGGCCACCCGCGCUCACCUACGCGCUGCUCUUCUGCCCGUGCGGGGGCUCCGCGUGCGCCGAGCGCCGGCGCCAGACCUUCGUGCCCUCCUGCGCCUUCUCCGGGCCCGGCCCCGCGCCUCCCUCCUGCCUAGAGCCCUUAGAGGUUUGCGAGCGCAGCCCGGUCUGCAGGCCCCGCCUCCUGGCCUUUCAGGCCUCCUGCGCGCCGGCGCCCAGCGCCCCCGACGGUUGCCUGUGGGACCAGCGCACCCACUGCGUGCGCGCCUACGCGGGCCUCGUGGGCACUGCUGUCACUCCCAACUACGUGGACAAUGCGAGCGCGCGCGUAGCGCCUUGGUGCCACUGCGGAGCCAGCGGGAACCGGCGUGAGGACUGCGAAGCCUUCCGGGGUCUCUUUACCAGGAACCCCUGCUUGGAUGGUGCCAUUCAGGCCUUUGCCAGCGGGUGGCCCCCAGUCUUGCUGGACCAGCCGAACCCCCAAGGGCACCCUGAGCACAGCCUCCUGCAGGUGCCCCUCCCUCAAGCUGGUGGCUUUGCAGUUUCCAGGCACCAGUGGGAAGACCACACCCUUCACUGGAUGGUCACCACGAGGCCCAGUCACUGUGUUCAGCUGAGUCUCACGGGGCCUUUUUUGCUCACCUGCACCUCUUACUGCUUGGAGGCUAGAAGCAGUUGGCUUUUCCAGAAUUGCAAGGCCCUGACUGACGUCUUUCCACCCCUUUUCCCUUCUGCAUGUAAACUGGCUAAUUCUUUCUUGAAGUGAACUUUUUCUCGUGAUGCGUCGCCAAAAGCAGCCAAAAACAAUGAACACAUAGGACAAUGUUUUUUCAUUUCUUCCCCUCAAGCCAAAAAGUCAGCAGGCAUGGAGUUUGCUUUCUGAAUUACCAAGUAAAACAGCCUUACCAGAUGUUUUGCUCCGCCUGGCAGAGACCUCAGUUGUCCGGCCAGCUGCAUCUGUCUCCUCACUGCUCGCCACCUGGCCACACGCUGGGCCAGUGCCACAUACUUUAGGUUUUGGUUACAGGUGCACUGCACUUCAAAGUGCCAAUUUGUUUAUUAGCGAGAAUAAGAAAAGCUAACUGGUGUAACAAAGCCCCAGAUCUCAGUGGAUCAGGAGAGUGCAAGUUUGCUUUCCAGUGACGCAAGGGCCAACGCAGCUCUGACUGAUCAGGCAGCCUGCCUCUAAGGGGUGACUCAGGAACCCAUAGUCCCUCCAGUGUCUUUGACAUGUGGCCCCCAGGAGAGUCCGCCGUGGGAGCAUUUGUGUGCCAAGUUUGGGAUUGGUGCUCAUCACUUCUUCCAACCUUUUCUUGGCCAUGGCUUAGCUUGGUCCCAACCUGACUACAGGGAGGCUAGGAAAUGAUGAGCUGUGGGCCCAGUAGGUUUGGUAAAUACAGCGUUAUCUCUGACACAGUACCACCAAAUCACAGGUUUCCAUCCUGUUAGAAACUGUUGCUGGCUUCCACAGCCCUCCCUGGAAGUUUCAAGGUCCUUCUCAACUUGUUUGCAGCUACUAGUCCGGCCAUUUCCCUCCCUAAGUCAGACCCGAGCUCUGGUGGGCAGGCCUCCUCCAGGCUUCUGCCCUAACUUCAGGUCCUGGCCCUAGGACCCUGCCACCCUCACUAUAGGAGUGACUGUCUUCUGUGUGUUUCCUCCAUCUGUAAAUGACCUCAUUCAUCUGGAAGGAAGCCCUUGCACUGGGAAUCUGCUCUCUGCUCUGAGGCCCUGAAAUGCAUGACUCUGACCCAUUCUGAGGCAGGAGCCAAAUAAAGUGGGGGCAGGACGCACAGGAGCCCCCUAAACAAGGCCUUGCCAAUGGGAGUAUCUUCAUGAAAAAGUCAAGGCCAAGGACAGCUCUGUGACCAUGGUUGAGACCUGUCAGCACAUCUGAGAUUUAGCAGUUUGGAGAGAACCUAGAGGCACAUUCAAGGACCCAUGAGGAGAGCACGAAGCAGGAUAAUGGCACCACUGGAGAUGGUGGCGUGGUUAGUGGAGGAGUGAGACAGCUGUCCACACCCCACUGCUCAGAGCUGUCCCUGCCCCCACAGGCAGGGUCCCCACAGCAGGGCACAGCUGCCCUGCAGGCACACAAAGGCUGUCAUGGAAAGUCUGUGGCUCACAAGCUGCUUGGAGGGGUGUCUGAGGUGCCUGCCCUGCUUUUAGCUUUCACCUCCAUAACUGUCAAGUGCUCCCUCAGAGGCAGUCUGAAAACGGGUAAAAGCUUUUUUUUCCCUUAAGGGUCUAAUGACCAAAAUGUAAAUAUAGGCAAAACAAAGCAAAAUCAAAAUGAACACUCAGAACAAAAGCCACAUUUUUACCAGAUCUACUUUUAUUUCAGAAGGAAGUUUGUAUUGUACUAUUUACUUUUGUUUAUAUACAAGUUCUUCACAUUUGUGUUUAAAAUGCACAGACCUCCCUUGGUUCUCUUGUUCCUGCUUAAAUUAGCUGUUAUUUUACAAUACAAAAAAUACCAAAAAAUCGCAGUCCUAAAUGUAUGUAUAACACCCACAAUCCCCAGCAAUGAAAUAGUUUACAAACUUACUCCAUAUUUACAUGUGUAAUAGAUGCUAAAUUAUACAUAUUAACAAACUAAGCUUGAAUCCAAACAAAACUGUAAAUAACUAAACAAAAACAUUUCCAGAGCCAGAAUUAGUUCAACGAAACAGGCUUCACUAGUGUUUAGAACGUUUUGUGCACAAAUUCAGUUACUGAAAGUUGAUUCCAUUAUUGCCUUUAAAAGAGAAGGCGCCAAUUUUCCUUUCCACUCCAAAGCACCUCCCUGUAGGCAGGGUGUCUGACUUCCCUCAAGGGGCAAUGUCUCUUGGUGGGCUGGCUAUCUAGAAGCCACUGUAGUGGCUGCAGCCAAGUUUGGUCAUGGGGUAAACAUUUCAGAAGGUAGGCAGGGCACUCCCUGAGGACAGGAGGCCUCUGCCACCCCGGCUCUGUCCUCAUGAUGGCCAAUUCUCAAAAAAACCACCAUAAGGAAAGAUCUCCAGGGAUGACAGGGGUGUGAGUGUGAGGAGUUGGAUUUUGUUUUAAUUCUAAAAUCUAUUUUUAUAUCUCAGUCACUACCCUAGCAUUAGCUUAGGUUAGUGUUUUGCAAAUACUUAUUGAAUGGAUGGGUGAAUAAAUGAAAUGGAAGGAUCAAAGACAUUCAUGAAACCACCACCAGCUCCCAAGGAAGCAAAUCAGCCCCUGGCCCCAAUACCCACAAUUAAAGGAGCAAGAUUUACACCGGAAGGUAAAAUGCCUCUUCCUGCCGGCAGUGCCCCGCCUUGUCUUUUUAUUUCCUGGUGUGUCUCCAGUCUUGAAUGGCCGGCCUUACCCACAGGUAUUCCAGUACUUUCCUUCUUCUGACAGGCUUCUCUCCAUGGCUGCCUUUCCUCCGGGUUACCUCAGGGGAUCUGAGGUUGCCUUCUCUCCACACAGGGAGGUGCAGGCUCCUCCCCAGGCUGUGUGCAGGGGUGGCAGGGGGCACACAGGAGUCCAGGGUGUGUCGAAUUCUCCAUGAGGAAAUGGGAGCUAUUUAUUAACAAACUAGCUCCCUACUGCCACCCCCAGUUUUCAGUAUAAUAAACUGAUUCCAGGAAAUGGUCAUUAAAAAUUUAGACAAAACUACAAAAAAUGGAGAACCCCCUUUUAGAAAGUCUGAUUGCCACAGGUUAUAGUCUUUGAUCUUAAAGACUAAGAGAAACAUUUCUCAGGACAAGACUGGUCAUCCCUCACUACCCAGAGUACCAAGGGGCUGCCAGAAAGGGUCAUGAUGUGCUUGCAGGGCCAAUGGCAGCGGCAGAGAUGCCUCUGUUUCCUGAGUCCCCUCAAGGCUGCCAUUUGGAUUCCUUGCCUGGUUUUUCUUUCUUUGAGACGUAGUUUGGCUCGUUUCUCAGGCUGGAGUGCAAUAGUGCAAUCUUGGCUCACCACAACCUCCACCUCUCAGGUUCAAGCGAUUCUCCUGCCUCAGCCUCCCAAGUAGCUGAGAUUACAGGCAUGCAUCACCACGCCCAGAUGGGGUUUCACCAUGCUGGUCAGGCUAGUCUCGAACUCCUGACCUCAGGUGAUCCGCCCACCUCAGCCUCCCAAAGUGCUGGGAUUAUAGGCAUGAGGCACUGUGCCCAGCCCCCUGCCUGAUUUUUCAUAUACACUCUAACAGAUGAGUCCUCUUUUAAGAAUUACCUAAUUGGUGCCAGAUGCAUGCGAACACAUCAACAUGAUGGGGAUGCAUUUCUUGGCUUUGUUAUUCACGUAUCAGGGCCUGGCGAGAGGAACUCUCAGAACCUGGAUAUCCAGCAUAUGGCACAAAAACAACUUAGGUGAAACUCAGACAUUGUUAUAUUUAAUAAAAAUACAUUAAGAUUUUUUUCUUUUUUAUGUACACUCCAAAUGUCUGAACAUUCUGGACACUACUGUAUAGUUAUGUACAAGUGCAAGGUCAGUGUUUUCUUGACUAUUUUAAUUUAUAUACAGGCUCUCUUGUGACACGCAACAUUGCCAGAUGACAACCCAUUCCCUCUUGGUAACAGGCUCUCAGCCCAGAGCCUCUUACUCCCUGCCAUUCCCUUUUUCUGCCCUGAGGCUGGAGGAAGCUAUUUGCUGUUGGUUGCAAAGGAGAAGCAGGUGGAUUUAGCAGUUUCCCCACUGCUGGAGCAGAAUGAAACUUCACUUGCUCCUUCCUUCCUUUUUAAAAAUAAACA